AUGAAACACUCAGCUGCGAGGUUGCUCCUUAGAGCUCCGCGACCACGUCUACCAGCUCAUCCGUCGCUGAUCCGGCCUCGAGUCUUUAACAUUCCACUCCGCAGACAUGCUUCCACCUCUGAAGAAAGGCCAACCUUUACGUCUCGACUGGUCGAUGUUCUGUAUGGCGCCACUCUAGUUUUCGGCCUUGGCAUUAUCUACUUCUAUGUCACCGAUACUCGAGCAAGCAUUCAUCGUUACGUGGUCAUCCCAGCCCUGAGACUGGUAUAUCGAGAUCCUGAAGAGGCACACCACGCUGGCAAUGCCAUUCUCAAAUCACUAUGGGACUUUGGCCUCCAUCCACGGGAACGAGGUGACCCCGAUCAGCAGCACGAUCUUGAAGUGGAGGUCUUUGGACAGCGUCUGCGAAAUCCAAUCGCCACUUCUGCAGGUAUAGACAAGCACGCCGAUAUUCCGGAUGUGCUGUUUGACAUCGGUCCAUCGAUCAUAGAAAUAGGAGGAACGACGCCACUGCCACAAGAGGGCAAUGCAAAGCCUCGCGUGUUCCGUUUGACAUCACAACAAGCCAUGAUCAACAGAUACGGCCUAAACUCGGAAGGUGCUGACCAUGUGGCUAUGAGACUGAGAAACAGGGUUAGAAAGUUUGCACAUUCCCUAGGCCUCGGUGAUGAUGAGAUUGCAGAAAAGGCUGUACUUGAUGGCAUCGCAGGCGUUCCUCCUGGAAGCUUGACUCCGGGGAAACUGCUUGCUGUCAAUAUUGCCAAGAACAAAUUCACUCCAGAGGAUGAUGUCGAGGCUGUCACUAACGACUACGUGUAUUGUGUCGACACGCUUGGACCAUAUGCUGAUAUCCUAGUUGUCAACGUUUCCAGUCCCAAUACUCCGGGUCUUCGCUCGCUACAACAGUCCGACAAGUUGCGAAAGAUCUUGAGUGGAGUGGUGAAUGCAGCUAGGUCUGUAGAGAGGCGCACGCGGCCCUAUGUGAUGGUUAAAGUGAGCCCAGAUGAGGAUUCCGAGUCGGAAAUUGCGGGCAUAUGUGAUGCGGUCUGGGCUGCCGGUGUAGAUGGAGUUAUCGUGGGGAACACCACGAAUCGUCGACCGGAGCCACUUACUCACUUGAAAAGCUUUUCUCCAGUCGAGGAACAGAACCUGCUUCAAAAGGGAGGAUUUUCUGGACCCCACCUCUUUGAGAGAACGGUUGAUUUGGUGAAGAAAUACAGGAAACUUUUGGUAGAGAAGCCUGCGUCGGUCGAUGCAUCAAACACUCCGACCAUAAGGAAAGGGGCGCUGGAAGCUGAAGCGGAUCGGAUCAAGGCUGCUCUGGACUCCAGCCCUGAAGAACCCGGCCCUGCUGACAUACCCAUCUCAGGCUCGGACAAAAUUACUGCAUCUGUUGACACUGGCGUUGUGCCAGCCAGUGGUAUGCUUGAACAGGAUAGUGCGGACAAGAAACCUCUCAUCAACCUUCCCGGCGAUCGUCAAUAUGACAAGCCGCCAGCGGAAACAGAAAACCCCAAGGUCGCAGAUGUGCCCGCACCUGAUGCAGAAGAACGUCUAGCGGAAGAGAAGAAACAGCUCAAGUCGAUUCAGGAGGCUAUCGAGCGACUUCCUCCUCGGGCACAGCGUGACGCCCUCGACCGACUUGAAGCUGUUCCAGCCCAUCUGGAAUCUAUCGAUCAGCCCAAAGCCAUUUUCGCGACUGGAGGAAUCACUAACGGCAAACAAGCUCUUGAAGUUCUCAACGCGGGCGCCAAUGUGGCCAUGGUUUAUACUGCCUUGGUUUAUGGAGGCAUUGGGACAAUAUCACGAAUCAAGGAUGAGAUGCGGGAAGAAAUGAAACGGCAGGACCAAGAAAAACGCUCGAAGGCUCAAAAUUAG